AUGCAAUUUUUAUUAAAAAUAUGUGUCUUAUCAAUUAUCAUAAGAUAUACAGUCAGUGAACUUCAAUGUUUGUCCUCAAACAGAAACGUAGAUAAAUGUCAAGAUUGGAAAAAAAUGUCUGUACUCGUGGCCGAUUUAGUGGGUAGGUCAAUCGUCAAUGAUAAAGUCGAAACAAAAUCUAACAUGUUAACGCUGUUGAUUCGUGCGGCAUCGGGUGUUAUCGGACAUGGCACCAAUGGUCUAAAAACUCUUAUAGUAAACGGAUUGGUACUUUUGACGAAAACUAUUUUAACGGUUUCUGAUUACGGAACAACCAAUUACAGAGGUACUAGCCAAAAGACUAAGAGCUUUCCCGAUGGCCGUCCGAUCGACUGGAUCAUGAAUAAUCCAUAUAUAAAAUCGAUGAUGAAUGAUGCGACCGACGAAACGUUACCAGAUCUAUUGAUCGAACAGUUGGCGUCGGGCAUGCCAUGUGUUCAGUUGCUGCUUUGUCGUUUGUCGCCAAUCAUACACUACAUGCAACGUCGGGUAAAGGAGAGUAGGCGCGGUCGGUCCCAAGAAUGGGUGGCGUGGAAUGUGUCCGACUGGCAGCAAGUCAAAGGGAACGCGAAGCAUUGCUCGGAAAAACAUUACGACUGCUCGAAAAUGAUUAAACUGAAUAAUUCGUCCCGGUGA